AUGAAACUCCUGGACCAUCGGAAACCUAAUAAGAAUCCCUUUAGGGACAACAGCACUACGUUGCUAGUCUCAACGCUGCUCCUCGGCGUGCCUCUUACGGUGGUGCUACUUCACUGCGCGUAUGAGACGUACUAUAAGAAAGGAGCCCACUGGAGCCACAAUCACGAUAUACUUGACCCGGUAUCACAUGCUCACGACCCGAGUGGGUUGCUGUAUGUUGCCUCUUACAGUGGACUCGUCACGACGUUGAACCUUUCGCUUGCCGCGUAUCGGGAUGCACCCGUCAAACUUGAAACGUUGGCGACGACGGAUGGAUGUGGUGGAAGUCCAUCGUGGCUCACACUUGAUUGGAUGAACGGCGUACUCUACUGCACUGAUGAAGGGAUUAAAGAUGGAAAGAAUGGGUCGUUGGCAUCUUUCACAACGAAUGAGAACGGCACUUUGACCCCUUUGACCAAGCUGUCCACGGCACUCGGCCCCGUGAGUGCUGUUGCCUAUGGACAAUGGGACUAUGGGUUGGCCGUCGCGCACUACGGCGGUUCAGCAUUCACUACUUGGGACAUUCGCAACCCGGCCAAUAUUACCUCGGUGCAGAUCCAGGAAUACGGCCUUCCGAAGCCAGGUUCUGAUCCAUCGAGACAGGAAGCGUCUCAUCCUCACGCUGCAGUUCUCGACCCGACUAAACGGUUCCUUCUUGUUCCAGAUCUAGGCGCGGAUUUAAUCCAUGUCUACGGUGUUGAUGAGGAUGACAGCUUGGCAUUGAGCAAGCUUGAUCCUUUGGUUGUCGCUCCUGGGAGUGGACCUCGACAUGUGACCUUUGUAGUGAAAGAGACAAAGACGUUCAUGUAUCUUGUCACCGAAUUGGCCAACACCGUAGUUGGAUAUGAAGUCGUAUAUGGCGGGGGUUUCAUCGUAUUCAAAGAAGUGUGGAGCAGCGGUAUCCAUGGCAAAGGAAAGGAUAUCCCCGAAGGUGCUGCUGCUGCUGAAAUUGCCGUAUCUCCAGAUCGAGAGUAUAUUCUCAUCUCAUCCCGAAAUGAGAACACCCUCCAAGCUCCCAAUUUUAACAGUGGCAACACCACCGGUAUAACUUCAGACUCGCUUGUCAGUUUCAGGAUUGACGGCGAGACUGGGCAUCUGGUUUUGCAACAAGACAUCGCAUGCGGCGGCAGAUUCCCUCGGCAUUUUACUAUCAACAAGGCCGGCACGUUAGUUGCAGUUGCACUACAGCACGACAGCCGUGUCGUUAUUCUCGAGAGGGAUGUCAAAACAGGAAUGAUUGGCGACUUUGUUGCCUAUGCAGAGGUGGAAGGCGAAGUUACCGCCGUGAUCUUCUAUGAAUGA